AUGGCUCCUUCGUUGACUCGAAAACAGGAUGAGUCCGAGGAGGAAUCAUUUUCAGAAUCAGAUCAUUCUAGCAGUUACGAAAGGCAAACGCCAUCGAAGAAGACUCGGAAGGCUCCAACGCCUACCAAGACAAGCACCAAAAGAUCCAAAAGCAGCCCGAGCUCCAUGAAGAUCUACAAGAAAGAUUCAGAGGCGGCUUCUGCGAACUCCACACCUAAUAAGGUUGCUCUUCCCGAAUUAAUCGCGUUCAGACCCGUCAAAGAAGAUAGAGCAUUGUUCUUGGAUGGGUAUGAAGGCUACUUCGAGCAGAAUAAAUUAAAAAAUGCUGUUUCCACAGGCUCAAUGACCAAUGCCACGGAUUUAGAACACAGCGAAUUUCUUCAAAUUACACAGAUAUUGAAUAUAUUGCACUCACAGCAGCGCGAUGUGCUGAAGUCAUACUACGAAUCGCUAUUUAACCAAUGGUUUUUUCAGCUUUCCGAGGGAUUCAAUAUGGCCUUCUACGGAUUGGGGUCCAAAAGGGCCCUUGCAGUCAGAUUUAUCAGUGAAUAUGUUUUGGUGAAGCUUUCUGCGUUGGGAAAGGAGACCAAGUCAGUCGUGCUGAAUGGGUAUAAUCCAGAGGCAUCCGUGCGAGAACUGAUGAAACAGAUAGGGUCGAUCUUCUACAAUGGAAACAGAGACUAUCCUUUAAAUCCGAGGUCUGCAAUUGAAUUCAUUAGGAAGGAGUUCAAAGACCUGGAAUCUCCGCAACUGGUUGUGCUGGUGAACAACAUUGAUGGUGAAGGAUUGCGUACUGAUAGAUCGCAGGAGCUGUUGAGCCGAUUGGCGUCGAUCCCACAAAUCUGGAUGUGUGUGACAAUGGACCAUGUAAACACGCCAGUGAUGUGGGAUAGUGGAGUAUUGUCGCAAUUCAACCUUUUAUGGCACGAAACAACCACCUUUGACCCAUACUUAAUUGAGACUUCUUUCAAAAAUGUCCUAGCCUUAGGCAAGAGCUCCAAGUUCAUCGGCUCUAAGGGUGCUGAAUAUGUGCUGACUUCGCUUACUUCGAAUGCGAGAAAGCUUUAUCAUCUUCUGAUCGCCCGCCAGAUCAAAAACAUGAAUGCAGAUCAUAAAGCAUCCAAGGGUAAGAAAGGUACCAAGGAGAAGGCAAAGUUUAUCGGAAAAAUCAGACAUGGGGUUCCUUUCAAAGAACUAUACGAGGCCUGUCUGGACGAGUUUAUCACCAGUAACGAGAUCAGUUUUAGAACCGUGUUGGGUGAGUUCUGCGAACACAAAAUGGCUGUUCUUUCCAAGGACAACUCAGGUACUGAGUUCGUGUACAUUCCAUUUAACAUUGAGGAAUUAGAAAAGCUGGCAACGUCAGCAUAG